AUGUCCUUCAUGUUUAGGUUUCGAGAAUGCCAGCUGGAUCUGCGCAAGUAUAUGCGAGAAUGUACCCUUCCUCCCCUGGUCUACAAUGAAGACGACGUGCUACUGCCACCACCAGGCCAUGUCAGCCACAAGAACAACUUAUCCAUUCGGCCCGAUAAAAAUAGGCGACUCGAGACCAUGUACUGCAUCAACGAUAUGAUCUUCGAGGCGCUGGAGUCGUGGCUAGAGCAAGCUGUACCGUCCGAAAAAGUGCGCACCAAUGAACCUGACCCCUACACAGGAGAGUGCCUUGCUAUUCCCACUCCAGUCCCCAGUGGGUAUCAUUGGAACCUCGAUAAAUCCCCCGAGGAUAUCCGCAGGCUCCUACCAUGGCUGGACAGACUCCCGCUCAUUACGGUGCAGAGAAUUCUACAUCUCACAAAUCCUGAUACCCUCAAUUGGGGAUUCCGAGUCACCACCCGCGAUCGUGAACCUGAUCCUGGCAUCUGGUCUGAGUAUGUGUGGUCCCCAAGGGGGUUGAAUCCCUCUCAGAACCCAGGCGAUGCCUCACGACGCACGCUCGUCGCGGUACAGCCUCCUUGGAUAUUAAGCGAGAGCGAUAUGUACGAGUUCGUGAUGGCUUUAAACUUCCCGCCGUUGAUUAGGCCAGGGCAUGCUUUCGCCCAAACCCAUGCCACCCGCCAUCGACUAUGGGGAAAGCUAUGGGACUCAUGCGUGCGGCACAACACCCGCUACUUCGUGCUGACCUCCUAUAGCCAUUGGGUCUUCGGCGUGUUCUCUCCAGGCAAGCGUUGGACCAUUGCAUAUACCUCGGGCGUGCUGAGCGGAACCCAAUCUAAUCCUUCUAUAAUCGAGCUUCUUUCAUUCUGGGUUGCCUCGGGUAUGAGGCUUCCAGGUGGCUACGUCGCUCCCGAGAUGGCAGAGCCGUUUUACAACGAACCUCUCAAUGAAACCCCGCUGCGCCAGGCCUAUCAAGUCCCGGAGCCCGCAGACUCUGAGUCUGAAUGGGAUCCUGCUGCGAGUGACGCUGGUACUUCUGCAGGGGUUGAUCUGGAUAUAAUGACUGCGACAGACGGAGGGAUAGGUCGGUCGGUCUACGGGCUUCGAAAGAAGGAGCGGUAUCCUUUCAUCGAAGACUGGAUACGGAAGGCGGCAGAAUUCGCUACAGAGGGUGGGACGAUCAUGGGUAGGGAGCUGCUUCAGAGGGAGAAGCCCGGCCUUCCAGGGCUACCAUUUGUAGUGGAGAUGACAUAUAACCCGCGACUCGUUCAAGGCUCCUACGCAGUAGGCCAGUGGUUAACACCCUUCAAAGACACAUACGAGUGA